GCGGCGCUUCCCGGAAGUGCCUCAGCGAAAGUGGUCCGGGCGGGUUCUUCGUCGGGCGGUUCCCUGGUUGUGGAGCGGAGAGUGUUUGCGGCCGGCCAUGGAGUGAAAAGGCGGCGACGGCGGCGGAGGAGGAAGCAGGGCCUCGGGGCCAGGAGCGCGCCUGCUGGGCUGCUGCGAGCCGUUCCCCCCUCCGCUUGCCUCCUGGCGCGUAGCCUUCCUGUUUUAUGCUGGGCAGAGAGGAAAGCAGCGCCCAUGAGGGAGUACAAAGUCGUGGUUCUUGGGAGUGGGGGGGUGGGCAAGUCGGCCCUCACCGUGCAGUUCGUCACCGGGACCUUCAUCGAGAAGUACGACCCCACCAUCGAAGACUUCUACCGGAAGGAGAUCGAAGUGGACUGCUCCCCGUCGGUACUGGAAAUCCUGGAUACGGCAGGGACGGAACAGUUUGCCUCCAUGCGCGAUCUCUACAUUAAAAAUGGCCAAGGCUUCAUCCUAGUUUACAGUUUGGUCAACCAACAGUCCUUUCAGGACAUUAAGCCAAUGCGGGACCAAAUUGUGCGUGUGAAGCGAUACGAAAAGGUGCCCCUGAUCCUGGUGGGCAACAAGGUUGACCUGGAGUCAGAGCGGGAGGUCCUGUCCGCCGAGGGCCGGGCCUUGGCUCAGGAGUGGGGCUGCCCCUUCAUGGAGACCUCCGCCAAGAGCAAGACCAUGGUGGACGAACUGUUUGCAGAGAUCGUGAGGCAAAUGAACUAUGCAUCCUUGCCUGAAAAACAGGACCAGUGUUGCACAACCUGCGUCGUCCAGUGAGCGAGAGAAAGCGGGACCUCAAUCAUGGCCAUACAGAGCAGAUAAAACUCAGAGGAGAUUUGCACAGAUGCUGCUUUGGAGAACCCUUUUCCAGCCCGGGCUGCAAAACUGAGCCUCGAUCCGCCCUGUCUCUCUUUCGCGCCCGUUUCCAGGCAUCGAGUGCAAGACAACACUCAAAAGAGGGUGAGAGACAGCCGCGGAGGCCCUUUCCUCGGCCGGAGACAGAAACGCUUAGCAUGUUUACCAUACGUUUUGGAAUAUCUGUUCUUUCAAUCUCUUGAAUCCUCUCUUUGGUUACUUGUUCUUAUUUUUAAAGAAAUAGCUUUCUAAGUUCCUAUUAACGGCUAAUAUGCAGCGAUUCUUUUUUUUUAAAAAAAAUUUUGAUUUCCUUAAUUGAUUUCCAAAAAAAACACUUGUAUUUAUUAAACUCUAAACUCAGUA